AUGAUGGAAGGCCAGCAAGAAAAGGUCCUUGAUGCAGCAAAUGUUGUGGAGGCAAAAGCAAUGAGUGCAAUAGAUAAUGUCGAGAAGUCAAGCCUUGGAAACUCUAUUCCACUUGAGGUAAGUCUUCCUCUCCGAGAAUUGACAAAGUAUCUAAUGCUUUUCACCAUAUUUGAGUCUAUUCCUGUAUACCUGAUUUUUUGUGAAGGAAACAAGAACGAGUUUCUGCAUUGGAUCUCAAAAGGAACCGGGCUUAUAUUUCUCGUUAUAGCCAUUAUAGCUGGAAUAUUAGAUCUAGUUACCUUUUAUGGUAAAAUGUUCAAUCUAUACAAAUUUGUGGUGCCAGCAACUCUUGCAAAAACUGCAUUAUCAUUUCUUGUUGUGGUGUUUUCUAACAUCAGCUCGAUGUAUGUGGUGUUUAUAGCAAUACUCUAUUCCCUGAGGAUAGCCUUGUUCGAUGCAUUAUUUUUGUACUAUCUUGCCAUACUUCUGAGAAGAAUCGAGUCUGAUGACUACGACAAUAACGGAGAAAGACUUAGAAAAGAUGUGAGGGGAGAAAAAGUAUGA